ACACCAAAACAAAACAAAAAAGCCAAAGAGGAUCACAACAACAACAUCAUCAUCAAAAAGGUUCAAGACAAUGAGAGUGAAAGCAACUUUGAUUAACUUCAAAUCAAAGCUUUCCAAAUCAUGCAACAGAUUUGUCUCUCUCUUCCGCUUCCGAGUUAAAAGACCUGUCUUUAUUAGACCUCUUCGUGCCCGUCAUGGCAAUGUCAAACCUAGACAUCAACAUCAUCAUCUCAAGAAGCCAAUCUGUUCUUGUCUCUGUUUUCUCAGCACAAGCAAGAACCACAAGAUGAGAAACACUAAACCUAGAACUUCCUCUUUUAGUGUGAACGAUGAUGAUUAUUCCAAGUUUAUGCACUCACCUCUCACGCCAGCAACAGCCAAGAAGCUAUUCACUUCACCCAUCACGACGCCUUACUCUACACGGACCAGAAAAUCGCUGAACUCAAGAGAAGCAUUCGAAGACAAUGCGGUGGAAGAUGCUUGCAGGAGUUUUGAAAACUAUCUGAUUCAUCUGAUUGUUGAAGAAGGGAAAAUAGAUGACUUAAUGGACAUAGAGGAGCUUCUCUUCUGUUGGAAGAAUCUUAAGAGUCCUGUCUUCAUUGAACUUGUCUCCAGAUUCUAUGGAGAACUCUGCAGAGACCUGUUUUCAGCCAUGACUGCUUCUCCUUCUUCUUGCUCUUCUUCUUCCUGUUCCUCCUACUCUACCUUUCGUCCUCCACUCUUGCCACAAUUGAGUAACGAUUCACAGAGAUCUAUUGUACACUGCUCAAGAUUACCCUUUGAAGCAUUUGCUACUACUUCAUCAAACCGGCUUCUUGGGAAACAUUCAUUGCCUUUGAGAGCAGCUUUGGUUACUUCGAACCCUUUAAACAUUUCAUCUUCCUCUGUUAUCAGUGAUGCUAUCUCAUCUGCCUCUGUUAUCACUGAUGAUGCCAAAAUUGGUGUCUUGUUAUUGAAUCUUGGAGGUCCUGAGACUUUAGAUGAUGUUCAACCUUUCUUGUUUAACCUCUUCGCCGACCCGGACAUUAUACGGUUGCCACCGUUCUUUCAGUUUCUUCAGAAGCCAUUAGCACAGUUUAUAUCAGUAGCAAGGGCUCCCAAAAGCAAGGAAGGAUAUGCAUCUAUUGGUGGAGGUUCUCCUCUUCGCCACAUUACCGAUGCACAGGCUGAAGAAUUAAGAAAGUCCCUUUGGGAGAAAAAUGUCCCAGCAAAGGUAUAUGUUGGUAUGCGGUAUUGGCAUCCGUUCACUGAGGAAGCCAUUGAACAGAUAAAAAGAGAUGGAAUUACAAAACUAGUUGUUCUACCACUUUAUCCUCAAUUUUCGAUAUCGACUAGUGGUUCAAGCCUAAGACUCUUGGAGAGAAUAUUUAGAGAGGACGAGUAUCUUGUGAACAUGCAGCAUACUGUUAUACCAUCGUGGUAUCAGCGGGAGGGAUAUAUAAAGGCAAUGGCAAAUCUAAUCCAAAGCGAGUUGGAAAAAUUUGGUUCCCCUAGUCAGGUUGUAAUAUUUUUCAGUGCACAUGGCGUGCCUCUUGCAUAUGUUGAAGAAGCCGGUGAUCCUUACAAGGCAGAGAUGGAAGAAUGUGUUGAUCUGAUCAUGGAGGAAUUAGACAAGAGAAAGAUAACUAAUGCUUACACUCUUGCUUAUCAGAGCAGAGUUGGACCAGUGGAAUGGCUGAAACCAUACACUGAAGAAGCCAUUACUGAACUUGGUAAAAAAGGUGUUGAAAAUCUUCUGGCUGUACCCAUAAGCUUUGUGAGCGAGCACAUUGAAACUCUGGAGGAGAUAGAUGUUGAGUAUAAAGAGUUGGCUUUGAAGUCUGGUAUCAAAAACUGGGGGAGAGUACCUGCGCUAGGAACAGAACCCAUGUUUAUAUCUGACUUGGCAGAUGCUGUUGUGGAAAGUCUUCCAUAUGUUGGAGCUAUGGCAGUCUCAAACCUUGAAGCUCGACAGUCGUUAGUUCCGCUCGGGAGUGUAGAAGAACUAUUAGCAACGUAUGAUUCACAGAGGAGGGAGUUACCAGCGCCGGUGACAAUGUGGGAAUGGGGAUGGACAAAAAGUGCAGAAACAUGGAACGGAAGAGCAGCAAUGUUAGCGGUGCUAGCGCUCUUGGUGCUUGAAGUCACCACGGGAAAAGGGUUUCUGCAUCAGUGGGGCAUCUUGCCUUCAAUGGAGAAAGAUCCAUCACAAGUAGUUGGAACUAAACUAGCACUGUCACCUAUCUCGACGCCUCCUUAUGCAGCACGUGCUAAGAACUCGCUGAGCUCGAGAGAUGCAUUCGAAGAUAAUGUUGUAGAAGUUGCUUGCAGAAGCUUUGAAAUCUGUCUGAUUCGUUUGAUUGUUGAAGAAGGGAAAAUGGAUGACUAAAUGGACAUAGAGGAGCUUCUAUUCUGUUGGUUGAAUUUUAAAAGCCUUAUCUUCACUGAACUUGUCUACAGAUUUUAUGGAGAGCUCAUGUGUGAAGAUUAUAAAGAGUGUAUGUUUUC